GUGACAGGGGAAGAAGGAAUUAGGGGUGAAGCAGAAAUCCCAUUAGUCAUUGUCCACACAGUCCAACUCACACACACACACACACACCAGUGUCUGCGUUUUGCCAUCUUGAGCUGGAAAAUAAUGUUCAUACUGCAGGCACCUCAUGCACUUCUCCGUUUUAGGAGGUGAUGCUCCUCGUAUGUCCCUGAAAGUGUUCCUUCGCCUAAAGCCUGACACCUCAUCUGUGGCUAUGCUUGGAAAGAGCUGUUUAAAGCAAAGUAAUGUUAGAGACAGUGAAAAUUUUAACCCAUUUUUUUUCUUUCCGGCUCUCCCCAGGAAUGUUGCGGUCAAGAUGGCUACGACAGGACUGUAUAAAAUGGGUGAUGGAAGCAGCCAUGCCACUAACUGCUUCCCUGCCAGGAACAUUUUAAGGGCACUUUUGGAGGGUUGUGUGCUCACCUUGCCAUCUCCUCUGCCUUGGUCCAUCAUCGUGCUAGGGUCUGGGCGCUGGAUGCUGGCAGGCAGAGCUACCCCAAGGGCUUGGACGGAGAAGGGGACCACCAGGAAGACACCACAGCAGAGGAGAAAGCCCCCAGAGUCUACCUCCAUGGAAGAAAAUAACGAAGGCAAUGUCCUGGGUGAACAAUUUCUGACGAAGCACCACUGUUUGAAGAACCCCUCUGACCUGUGCUCUGUGAACGUAAGCAGCCAAAAUCUGGUCUCUGCUAAAUAUGAUCUUGAGAAAUUUGAUUGUGUUGCUUUUAUAAAAGCUGCUGAGAAUCUGCUGACACUAGAGUCAUUUUGGAAGUUUCCAGCACUGCGGGAACUGGAACUUUCCUUGAAUGGACUAAGAAAUCUCAAAAGCACUGCUGGAGACUUCCUGCAUUUGGAAAAUCUGGAUCUCUCCUACAAUAACUUGUCCUCCCAGGACAUUUGGACAUUGGGAGAUUUGUCCCAGCUCAGAGUCCUUCGCUUGAUGGCCAACAGGCUUCGGUCCCUUCCUCCGGACCUGGCAGGCUCGAGGGACUCUCCUCAUUUAAGGUUUCCACCUCUGGAGAUCUUGUCACUGGAUGACAAUCAUCUGUCAGACCUGAGUGUCUUUGUGAGCCUGUCUCCUCUUUGUAGCCUGAGGGAGCCGAAUCUGGACAGGAACGGGAUUUCAGCUGGCCCCUGCCCGCACCAAGCAGAGAGCAGGCAGUUCUUCCUCCGCUCGGAGCUGGACGGCUUCAGGGCAGAGUGGUACAAGUCCUUGAGCAGCUUCUGGCAGCUCCGGCCACUGCAGCAGGAGGGCACGGAGGUGCCAGCAGAGCUGGAAGUGGGGAAAGGACAGUUGCUGCGGAAUGCCAGGGAUCCAGGCAGGACGGAGGUUGCUUUUAAUUCUGGCUCUCAGGAACGCCCGGUUGAUCCCAGGGAUGGAAGUCAAUCUGUCUUGAAGACUGCGGCUCCUUCCAUGCACAGGGACACUUGUGUUCCCUUUCCUGAACUGAAGUAUCUCAGCCUGGCCUUCAACAAGAUGGUGGAUGAGACAGAUCUCCUACUGGCUUUCUUCCUGUGCCCGAAGGAGCUGACAUUCCACAGCAACCCUCUUACCACCACCCGACGCAAACAGCCACCUCUGCUGACCUGGCUCCUCCAGCACAAUCUGGGGAUUAAACUUGUCCGACAGAAGAACCUAGCGGCAGAGAGGUGGCACUUCUCCAUCCCUCUCAAAGCCAGCCACAAGGUCAUGUCGCAUCUUCCCAAAGUCACAAAGCAGCUGCUGAUGCUGGAAGCUCCUGCCAAGACCUUUCUGCUCCCAGCUGUGGUGGAGGCUGCGAGAGAUGCUGCACCUCCGAGUCUGGCCCAGCCACUGACCCCCAUCAGCUCUGUGACCCCAGCCAGCAGCCAGCAGCUAGUGCUGGGGGAAGGGGAAAGCGACUCCAGGCCUCCUCCUGGCUCAGCCGAGGAAGAUGCUGCAUCCCUCUUCAUGACACAGGGAUACAGAAGAACACUGUACAUCUUGAAACACCCCCUGCUUUACCGGGGUGCCAAGCCACAACUGGAUGGUGUGCAAACGCCCUACAUGCCUCAGGGAGAGCGUGGGAGGAUGCCCAGCCUUCCUGCCUGAAAGGCAAAAGCAGAGGUCCGGGAAGCAAUCCUCGUGGCCAUGAGAAACACCUUGACCAUUACUGAAGUCGCCUUGGCCUCUGUUUUGCAAAAGAGGAAAUCCAGCCCCAGGGCAUACCAACGGAGGCCAAUGGAGGAAUUCCAGGAGGUGUCUGAGAUCCUCCCGGAAGCAGGGGAGGAGAUGGCCACAUCAGAUGAGGUGCAGGUGGUAAAAGCCCUUCUUGUAGAGGCAGCAUCCAAGCAGGCGUGCCCCAGCCAGCUGCAGCUGCCAGGGAGGAGAAUGGCCAAGAAGGUGCCCAAAGGUUAGUUGGCAGUAUAGCCAGGGGUUGAAUAAAGCAUCCCACACCUUGGUCCUCUUGGACAAAAUGUUUUUAACUUGUUUGGAGCCGCUUUCCCCCUCUUGAGGUUGGAAAAUCCAGUGCAGUGAGAAGAUUCAUCUCAGGCUUUCAGGCAGUGAAUUCCAGCUUGAAAGCACCGAUCCAGCCACAACGCUGCAAUGACAGCACACGAAAACCGUAUCUGCUCGUUGUGCUCUGCAGUUCCUGGAAAAUAAGGUGUGUCCUCAUCCAUCCCUGUGCAAAAACUAACUUGUAAGAAAAACUACUGCACCCUCUAGGCAUUGCAGGCAGGUUUUGGCCAGCAAUGAACAGGGCAGAGCUCCGUCACCGCCUGUCCCACGAUGAGCACAGCUCACCACGGGGCUCUGCCUGUGCUGACCCACCGGUUGUACAAGGAGGGCUUGCGGGUGAGCAGCAACACCGUGACCCUUAACUGGUCCAGCGCUGGUCUGUCCCACAGCCAAGUGCUGGGGACAAUCCAUCUCACGCCGGAGCAGCGCUGCUGUGGCAGCUCUGAGCACGGAGCUUCAUCCCACUGCAGGACACGAGUGUGUGCAGGAGCCAAGCUGGGCACAAAAUGGUGAUUAAAAACCCCAAAUUCAUCCCCCAGCCUGGCACCUCUAAAAAGAGCUGCAUCAAUGCAACCAGAAGGGUUGGGAUGAGUGGUGGGGAGUGAUGGAGGAUGCUCACUUCCCACUGGCUGCUCACCUACAUGGAAAACACAGCAUUAUACUCACCUUACCUUU